AUGCUCCCCGUAAACCGUCUAGGCAACAAUCAUUUGGCCAUCAACCGAGAGUCUACAUUUGUUAUCAUGAGUGGUCCACAGUUUUCUGGAAGUCAGUUUCUACUCUGCCUCGAUUCACUGGACGAUCACGAAGCCAAUCUCCUAAUGUGGGGAAUGCGUCACAUUCGACUUUCGACAACUGCCGUCUUGCCGCUGAAACUCUUCCCCAGAAUGGCGACCUUGAAGAGGAAUUCUGGAAGAUCCGGUGGUUCAGGUGUCGGCUGA